ACUUUCCUCUUCCUUUCUCUCUCUUCCCUUUAUUUUGCUUCGCUAUCUCUUACUGUCCAUUUGAGUACACGAAGUAAAGCUUUGUCUCCCUGUUUCUCUCUCUAUAACAUACAGAUUCUUGCACUGUUAUACAGAUUUUUGGGAGUUUUUGUGCUUACACUGUGUGUAAAAUGCGAGAUGAAGUGAAAUGAGCAGCUGGGGGUUGAGUGUAAAAAGCCACCUUCAACGGUUAUGAAUCCUACGGUUGCAGACCCGACAGCGCCGCCGCCGCAGCCGCCACAGCCACCGCGUUCCUCCUUCAGUUGCGACCGCCAUCCAGAUGAGCAAUUUACUGGGUUUUGCCCUUCCUGCCUUUGCGAACGGCUCACCACCUUAGAUAAAUCCUCCUCCAAUACGCCAUCAUCCUCUCGACGCCCCUCUUCCGCCACCGCCGCCGCCAUUAAAUCUUUGUUUACGUCUUCAUCGUCCAACAAACCGCCGCCAGUACCUAAAACUGCUAGCUCCAAAUCCACCUCAUUUUUUCCCGAACUUCGGCGAACGAAAUCUUUUUCCGCCUCCAAAAAUGAAGCUUUAGGCCUCUUUUUUGAGCCCCAGAGAAAAUCUUGUGACGUGAGGGUGCGUAACACUCUCGGGUCACUCUUUACUAUUGACGACGUUAAUAAAACCGCUAAUAAAGCCUCUUCUUCUUCCCAAAACCACUCACAAUAUUCUCAGAGCAGCAAGCAAUGCGAGUCUUUUGUUGCCAAUAAACCCGUUCCCGAGGAGCACGAAAAUGGUGAUGAUGAGGAGUUUAUAGAACCUGAAAAAAUAGAAGAUUUUGCUUCUGCUGGUGAGGACAAUGACGAUGACGAUGGUGAUGAAAUUGUUCCAGUUCGGGAUACCCAUUUGGAGAAUCUUGGAGUCUCCCAUGAAAUAGAGGCGAAUAAUUCUGAAAUUAUAGAAGAAGUUCUGAGUGUUAACAAUUUGAAGCCAAUGAAGGAUCAUAUAGAUCUUGACACCCAGGACAAGAAGGGUUCUGGAGGGGGAUUUUGGGCUGCGGCCUCAGUUUUUAGUAAGAAAUGGCAAAACUGGAGGCGCAAGCAGAAGAUGAAGAAGCAGAGUGAUGGGGAAAACUCGGGCAAAUUGCCUGUGCAGAAACCAAUUUCCAGGCGUUACAGAGAAACUCAAUCUGAGAUUGCUGAUUACGGGUUUGGGAGAAGGUCUUGUGAUACCGAUCCGAGGUUUUCGCUUGAUGCUGGAACUGGGAGAAUGAGCUUUGAUGAUCCCAGGUACUCUUUUGAAGAACCUCGGGCAUCAUGGGAUGGGUACUUGAUCGGGAGGAGUUUUCCGAGGAUGCCACCAAUGGUUUCUGUAAUGGAGGAUGCUCCGGCUGUCCAUGGAUCGCGGUCUGAUAUGCAGAUUCCGGUAGAGGAGCCAACAAUGAUGACUGUGAAUGGUGUUAAUAAGGAUGAGGGUGUGCCUGGAGGAUCGGCACAGACUCGGGAAUACUAUACAGAUUCUUCCUCGAGGAGGAGGAAGAGUCUUGAUAGGUCUAGUUCCAUUAGGAAGACUGCGGCUGCUGUGGUGGCGGAGAUUGAUGAGUUGAAGGCAGUUUCUAAUGCUAAGGUUUCUCCAACCACCGCGGAUAACUUUCAUGGGGCUAAGGUAUUGGUAGGAGAGCGAGAUUUGAGGGACUCGAAUUCGAAUUCUUUAAGGAACUCAAAUUCAAAUUCUUUGAGGGAUGAAUGCUCUGAGGCUCUCGAGUUGAGUAAUGGGUUUAGGAGUAACAGUUCGGUGUUAGGAAAUGGGGAGCGAAAGGAGUCGAAAAGGUCAAGGAGCUGGAGUUGGAAAAUAUGGGGACUUAUACACCGGCGUGGUGGUGGAAACAAAGAUGAGGAUGAUGAUAGAUAUAGUAGAAUUAACGGGGUGGAGAGGUCGUUAUCAGAGUCUUGGCAGGAUUUAAGGAACGAACAGAACGCUGAUCUCAGAGGAGGAUUGAAUAGGAAUGUAUUUCGAAGCAAUAGUAGCGUGAGCUGGAGGAAUUCGAGUCAAACUGAGGGAUCAUUUGGGAGUACAAGGCAACCGGUCGUUGACAUGAAUGGGAAUGGGAAGAAGAAAAGGGACGAGUUUGUGUUAGAGAGGAAUCGGAGUGCAAGAUACUCGCCCAACCAUUUCGAUAAUGGGCUUUUACGAUUCUACCUAACGCCUAUGAGGGGCAGUCGGAGAGGUGGACAAGGGAAAAUAAAGCCAAAUAAUUCAUAUUCGAUUGCAAGAAGCGUCAUGCGGCUGUAUUGAGAUCCAAGAUAUGGCCGUUCAACCUUCAAAAUGUAUUGCAACUCUUUUACCCUCUUGGUAGCUGCUUGAAGAUUGAGGUCAGUUGGGGUUUGCUGAAUUUCUGGGAAUUGGAUUUCCUGGUUGAAUGAAGAUGAAAAAUGCAAGUUAAGUCGAACACUGUGGACUCAAUAAAGCUCUCAUCAUUGGCCCAGGCGUACAUUUGCUGAGGUCGAUUUCCACGCUUCACAUUUCUUAUUUUCUUCAAAAUCCCGGUUUCAAUUCUACUGGAUAUAGUGAUUGUUCAUGGCAACGCCGGUGGAUAAACUGUGCUAAUGCUUAAAAAACUCUCAAACUUUGUCGAUAAUCGAAAUACAUCUGAAAUGCUAGUAAAUCAGAGUGUGUAGCAGUCACUUAAGACAGUAACAUUUCUUGAAUUGGUGGGUAUGUAUCUGUUAUAGUAGUUGGUAAAUGAUAAAUGAUAUAUUGGUAGAUUUGUUGAAAUGUAGUUUGUCUUUGUUU